UGCGGAAGUUAGAUAACAACACAGUGGAGUUGAAUAAGCUGUCAGAGCAAUUUGGAGGUUACAGCCCAUAAUUGUAAAUAAAUAAAUACAUUUUUGCGUGAUGGUCAACCUCGGACUCACUAAAGUUGAUGAUGCGAUUGUAGCGAAGCAUCCGGGUUUGCAGCAAUAUGCCGCUUGUCAGUCUUAUGCUUUUAUGAAAGGCACGGCAAGCUUCAUACUCGGCACAGCUGGCUUAUUUUUUGCACAGCGAGUACUUCAGAAGAAAAUCCCAUAUCCCCUACAGUGGAACCUUCUAGUGUCUAUUGUUGCCUCGUCAGUAUUCAGCUAUUCAGUAACACGCUGGGAAACCAUGAGGUGCUCGGACUUGUGGUUAUUCCUUGAGACAGGAAAAGUUCCUGACAGAAACUCUCAGAAGGAGGAGACUCCAAUUGUCACAACAUCAGCAGAGCCCAAAGCCACCCAGUAUGGAGAUGUGCUGGAAUAAAUGUAAAGGUGGUGACUUUUACCUUUAGUGUAACACUCUGAAUGGCCAAUAAAAAAAUUAAAAAAAUUAUUUGAAUUGACUGGGUCAUGACUUCACGAGAAUGUUUGGCCUUGCUGAACUAAAUGUGUACAAAAAGUUCUGUUUAUGAAACUGCAUUUUUUUUUCUUCUUUAAAACAUGUGUCAAUAAAUUGUGGAUUUAACUCAAA